AUAGUGAGUUUUGUCAAGUCAUGAUGUCUAAAUUAAACAUCAAAUUACAAACAAGUUAAAGUUGCCAUUACUUUGGUGUCCGUAAUAAUGAAAGUUGAUUAAAUUAGAAUUUGCUAGCUAACCAUGAAUUAAUAGACGAAACUCUCUCUUUAUCGUCUCAAAUACAGCAUCCUUUUUCUUCUCAUGAACCACCGGAGCACUAUAAAUACUUGUAGUUCUUCCACCACAAACCUUGUUACUACUCUCAAAUCUUUCAGCAAUUUUCCGACGAGGAUAUGCUUCACUGUUGUUGGUCGAGUUCAAGGCGUUUCAUUUCCCAGACUCCAUUUUCAAUCUCAACUAGACUUUGUUUCCCAUCAAUUUUCACCCAUUUUCACUGUCACUCUUCAGCCAAUCAUUCCCACAAAACCCAAAGUGAGCUUCUUGACUUCUUGGACAAUUUACUUCAACAAUGCGGCCUUAAUCUUCAACAGCUGAAGCAAAUUCAUGAAAAGAUCAUAAUCACUGGAUCAUUAAAUUCUUCUUUUAUAGCUGCCAGACUCAUAUCCGUUUACUCUAAAUUUGGGCUUGUCAAUGAAGCUCAAAAAGUAUUUGAAACCUGCCCAACUGAUUGCUUCUCGAAUUUGCUGUUGUGGAAUUCGAUCUUGAGGGCUAAUAUAUCUCAUGGGAAAUGUGAAGAAGCUGUAAAGCUUUAUGUUAAGAUGCGUGAAUAUGGUAAUUUGGCUGAUGGGUUUGGUUUUCCGUUGAUUAUUCGAGCAUGUGGCAUGUUCGGUGACCAUAAUCUCUGCAGUGUAGUGCAUUGUCACGCUAUACAAAUGGGUUUUAGAGAUCAUCUUUAUGUUGGAAAUGAAUUGAUGAACAUGUAUGGGAAGAUUGGGCGUAUGGAUAUUGCAAGUAAAGUGUUUGAUGGAAUGUCUAUGAGAACUCAAGUAUCUUGGAAUAUUAUAGUUUCAGGUUUUGCGCAGAACUUUGACUGUGAUGCUGCUUACAAGACGUUUCUGCUGAUGGAACCUCAGGGGUUUGAACCAAAUUCUGUCACUUGGACAUCAUUGUUAUCUAGUUUUGCUAGGUGUAAACGUCAUCAGGAUACGUGGAAACUUUAUGUUUUGAUGAGAAAGAAACAAGUUGAAGCUACUGCUGAGGCUAUUGCUGUAGUAAUAUCAGUUUGUAUUAGUGACAAUGGGAUUGAUAAGUGUGAGACGGUGCAUGGAUACGUUAUCAAAGGGGGCUUUGAAAAUAAUUCUAUUGUGAUAAACUCAUUAAUGUGUACGUAUGGGAAAUGUGGUGCUGUUAGACAGGCUGAAUGUCUGUUUUCCAGAUUGCAAUUAAAAACUAUAGUGAGCUGGAAUUCUUUAAUAUCUUGUUAUGCAGAAUCAGGUUUAUGUAAUGAGGCCUACUCGUUAUUUUUGCAGUUACAAGUGUUAGAUGAUCCAAAGAUGAAACCUAAUGUCAUAAGUUGGAGUGCUGUUAUAGGGGCAUUCUCUAUUGCCGAGAGGCAUGAGGAGUCCUUAGAAAUCUUUCAAAGUAUGCAAGUUGCUAGAGUACUGGCCAAUGAUGUUACGAUUUCAAGUGUUUUAUCAGUUUGUGCUGAGCUUUCAAACUUCCAUCUUGGUAUGGAAAUCCACGGUUAUUCAAUAAGGUAUCUAAUGGAUAAAAGUACUUUGGUGGGAAAUGGGUUAGUUAAUAUGUACAUAAAGUGCGGUAGUUUGUGGAAAGGAAACAUAGUAUUUAAGGGAGUAGGAAAAAAAGAUUUGAUUUCAUGGAACACAAUGAUUUCUGGAUUUGGAAUGCAUGGACUUGGUGCUACUGCCUUAGAAACAUUUGAACAGAUGACUAGCACAGGAACUAAGCCAGAUGGAAUUACUUUUGUUGCAGUUCUUUCUGCAUGUAGUCAUGCAGGCCUUGUUGAUGAGGGGUAUAAAGUUUUCGAUCAGAUGAAGAAAGUGUUUGGAGUCGAACCACAAAUGGAGCACUAUGCUUGUAUGGUAGAUCUUCUUGGUCGUGCUGGUCUAUUGCAGCAGGCUAGUGAAAUGGUGCAAAACAUGCCAAUGAGGCCCAAUGCUUGUGUCUGGGGAGCACUACUCAACUCUUGUAAAAUGUAUAAAAACACGGAAGUCGCAGAAGAAACCGCUGCUCAGAUUUUCAACCUUGAGUCUGGGAUGACGGGAAGCUAUAUGUUGCUCUGUAAUUUAUAUGCUGUAAAUGGAAGGUGGAAGGAUUCAGCAAACGUGAGGAUAUCAGCGAAGACGCAGGGUUUGAAAAAAGCUCCGGGACAAAGUUGGAUUGAGGUGAAAAAGAAGGUUUACAUGUUCUUAGCUGGACAACCUAUGGAUUCAGAGAUGGAAGAUGUUCAUAUAAUGCUCAAUAUUCUAAGCCUUCAUAUGGCUAAAGAAGGAUGCACACCCCAAAAGAGCUUUGCUUUGCAAUGUGCAGAAGAACAAGAAGAUUAUCUGUAUUAUGCAUCAUGAAGAAUUCUGUGUCUAUGCUCGAUGCAGGAAAACUACAAUCUAAUCUUUAAACCCGCCCAAAGCCAUUGUUCGAUAAACAAAGAUCUGCUCGGAGCCCUCUGUAGAACUUAUGUGAACAGCUGACCUCCCUUCCAGUCUUCUAUAUAUUUAUUUCAGGGGUCAGCCCUAUAUGAGUUGGCGGUGCAGUCACUUCAUUACUCAGCUAUGUACGAUUUCAUUUUCCAGGAAAAAGGUCACAUCUUGAUAUGUUUUUACUCGCUAUAAUUUCAUUCUAUCUUUUGAAGUCUAAUGCAUGUUUUAAAAGUACUAAUUGUUCGCUAAUCUGCUGAAUUGGGUCGAAGUCUGAUGAGCCUGCAUGAGAGAUAUGAUUCAGUUGUAUUUUCGUACAAAAAGGAAGGGAUAGUUAGAUUGAACCACUACAUUUAUGUUUUACUGUUUGAUUUAUCCAGGCUUGAGUUGCCAAUUGCCAUGUCGCAAGGAGCUAUGAGGUAGUGGAAACUAGGAAAUUAAAGGAGCAGCGGAAUGUUGGGUUGGGAAUCAUUUUUGGUUGCUCUAAGUAUGCUGAUUUCUUAGUUUCGUAUGCAAAUUGGUGAUUGGAUGCCGUUGAAAUUGAAGUAUCAUUUAUUUAAGCUGCACAUGAAGGAAAUGAUUUUUUUAACAAAGUGGAAAUGGUGAAGACGAUGAAACAUUGGCCUUCUAUGUAACUCAGUUUUGUCAUGGACAGUGUCAUCGACAAGGAAGAAUCCGAAAUUAAAACCUUCUGGAGCUUUACGAUGUGUGAAGGCCCCAGCAGACUAAUGGCAGCUAGUUUUGCAUACCGAUUGAUCGGUUGACACUUAAAAGAAGGAAGAACAAAACAUACACAACUCAUUGGGAGUUCGGGCAAAAUUGUGAAGUCAAAUUGACUCUCAGAAAUUUCCUCUUGCGGAUCUCUCUACUACAAAAAUUCAGCGAAGUACAGUUUGUGAAGGUAAACAGAGUAGCAGCACCUUUAGAUCUUGAUGUGCAAGCAUGUCUAAGGAUUCACCCUCUUCCUUCAAUUGGAGUCUGUUCCCUUGUUGAAUAGCUUCAUCAUUAUGAAAUGAACAAGUGUCAAAACUAUAGUCCAAAAUAUAGAAAGAAAUCAAGAAAAAUAAGAGCGAUUCUUACAAUGCUA